AUGAUCGCGGGCGACACCGGGGCCUCGGCAUCGUGCGUCACCAACAUCGCGGGCAAGAAGCACCCGAUGCUGGGGGUGUCAGCCGCCGGGACGACCGGGACCGCAGGCCCGCUGGCCCCAGACCAGGAGGGUGUCUUCGGCACGGGAACCGGGCUGGCCACAGUGCACAGCACCGACAGCAGCAUCCUCUUCGGUGGCAGCGAGCUUGGCCUGGGCAGCGACCACCUAGCGGCAUCCAGCAAGAGCCGCGACACCUUUGUCGCCACACCUUCCGACUCGUGCGCUGACAUAUUCCCCCUGCUUUGAGGGCGGUGCGGGGGCAGCGCGGCUGCCAUGUGGCCAGGUGCCACAGACCGAGGCCGGCACCCUCCUGCACGACAGGUUCAG